GGGAAGAGACAUACGAAACGUCUCAUCUUGCCUAGCUCCGUAUAGUCGCAGAGCUAUCUCCGAUAGGUACGGUACAGUGAUAAGUGAAGUGUUUAUUUAAAAGUGAUACAAUAAAGAAGUUAAUAAGAUGUCUUCACCAGAAGUUGAAAGAUUUGAUAUAACAGAAGAUGAUAUUGAGGCUAUUUAUGAUCCCAUGUCUAGAAGAUUCAAGCAGAGUAAAGAGCAAGCUAGAUAUGGUAUUUGGGCUGAUAAAGAUAGUGAUGAUGAAGAUGACUUUGUUGGGUUUGGUGCCAGAUCACAAAGAAAGAAGAAAGAUUUCUCGGCACCUAUUAGUUUUAUAAGUGGUGGUUUUAAAGGUGAAGCCAAAUUGAAAAAAAACAGGGAUGAUGAGGGAGCAUACGAUAGUGAUGAUCCUAUGAUCAAAAGUACCAAAGUCAAGAUAAAUGUUGUGACUCAAAAACCAACUGGAACACCUCAUUAUUUAAAAGGCCACAAACCCGAUAAAGAAUUUGGAGGCUGGGAAAAGCACACCAGGGGUAUUGGACAGAAGCUGUUGCAGAAGAUGGGUUAUCAAGCUGGAAUGGGUUUAGGUAAAACAGGACAAGGUAUAACUACACCUGUAGAAGCAGUUAAAAGAAAGGGUAAAGGCGCUAUAGCAUAUCAUGGUACAGAAAGAUCUGAAAGAUCACUGAAAGAUUAUCCCAACACCCACUCGGAUGAGGAUGAGGAAGAAGAAUUUAAGACUAAAUUACAACACUGGAAAAGAUUACCAGAGGGUAAAAAGAAAACGAAAUAUAAUUAUAAGACAGCACAGGAAUUAUUGGAAUCUGGUGCUGGUAAAAAACGUAAAGUAACAGAUAAAUCUCAGCUGAGUAAAGUAAAAGUGAUAGAUAUGACAGGAAAAGAACAGAGAGUUUUAUCAGGUUACCAUGCUAUAGCUCAUCGUCAUGAUAGACCAGAUGAUGAUGAAGAUAUGAUAACAGAUAAAAAUGACAUACCACGAUCAUUUGAUAUGCCAGAAUUAUUACAUAAUCUUAAUCUAUUAGUUGAUAUGGCAGAAGAAGAUAUUAUACAGAAUGAUCGAAAAUUAAAACAUAACAAAGAUCAUCUAGUCAAUAUGAAAUUUGAAAAAGAAAGAUUAGAUACUAUUUGUGAACAAGAAAGAAAACAGAAAGACAGACUACAGAUAAUAUUAGAUAUUGUUGAAAGCUGUGAAAAGAGAACUCAAGUAAACUGUGAUAAUCCAUUAACAUUAGAUGAAUGUGUUGGUAUAUUUCAAUCCUUACAAGAUGAUUAUUAUGAAGAAUAUAAAAUUUAUGAUAUGCCUGCACUAGCCAUCGCUCUUGUCUUUCCCUUGAUGAAAUCAUUUUUCUCUAUAUGGGAUCCUUUGAAUAAUCCAAAUUAUGGUGUGAAUACUGUUCAACAAUGGCAUAUAUUACUGAGUGAAGAGGGUCAUAAUUUUAACGAAGAUAUCAGUAAUAUGGAUACAUAUCAACGAUUAAUUUGGGAGGUCUGGUUACCACAUAUACGACACUCAAUCUUAAAAUGGAAUGUUAGGGAUAGUUUAGUUAUGACAGCUUUAAUAGAUGUAUGGAAACCUAUCAUACCAAACUGGAUAUUACAAAAUAUAAUAGAUCAGUUGAUAUUUCCACGAUUAAUGCAAGAGGUGGAAGAUUGGAAUCCAUUAACAGAUACAGUACCAAUACAUUCCUGGAUUCAUCCUUGGUUACCUUUAAUAGGUAGCAAACUAGAACCAUUAUAUAGACCAAUAAGACAUAAAUUAGAAAAUGCUUUAACAAACUGGCACCCUUCAGACUCAUCUGCUAAAAUCAUACUACAGCCUUGGCAUAGUGUCUUUAAACAAGGUCAUAUGGAUGCUUUCUUAGUCAAAAAUAUUCUUCCUAAACUGGGCAUGAUUCUUCAAGAAUUCAAUAUAAAUCCACAUCAACAAAAUCUAGAUCCAUGGAGAUGGGUAAUGGCUUGGCAAGAUUUAAUACCAGUACCAAAUAUGGUGUCCAUGAUAGAUAAAACAUUUUUCCCAAAAUGGAUACAGAUUUUAUGUACUUGGUUAGCAAAUAUGCCAAAUUUUGAAGAAAUCACGAAAUGGUAUAAAGGAUGGAAAUCCAUUUUCCCAGAAAACUAUUUAUCUUACCCUAGUAUUAAAGAACACUUCAAUAAAGCAUUAGAGUUGAUGAAUCAAGCUGUAUCUGGUAAUUUUCAACCUGGUGCUAAAGAGAAUAUGGCUUAUUUUACAUUAACAGAAAGGAGAACUAUAGGAGCUAGUGCUGCACCACCUCAAACUACUAAACCUUCUGCAGUGGGAGACAGCAUGAAAGGUGUGACUAGUUUUAGAGAAUUGAUCGAACAGAAGGGAAUGACUAAAGGCAUAGCGUUAAUUCCUAUUCCUAACAAAUCACGAGAAGGAAAACAGGUCUACAGAUUUGGAAAUGUUCAAGUAUAUUUAGAUAGAAAUGUGGUAUUUAUGUUAGAGAAUGGACAGUGGGUGCCAGUUUCAUUACAACAUUUACUAGAUAACGCAAAAUGAAAUCAAUAAAACUGGACUUUUAAGAAUCUUAUGAUAUGCUCAGAGUGUUGUGGUCUGACGAAUUUCAGUAAGCCAGAACUGAACAGAAGAAAUCUUAAAACCUGUCAAAAAAUGAUUUAAGAAGAGUGACGAGUGUUUAAAUACAGUUUAAAAGAAUAUGCCACUUGAUGCUAGCCAUGGUACCAUUACAUUCACAUGAAACUGAACAUAUUAUUAUAUUGCUUUCAUAGUAAUUGAAUUCUUGAUCAUUUACAGCAAAUAAAAGAUCCUGUUUUCCCAAAG